AUGGCCUCGGACAGCAGCCCGAGUAACAGAUCCUCGCAACCUUUACUCGCCACAGAUUCCAUACACAGCCUCUGUCGCCAUCGGGCUCUCCCUGUGCAUUCAUCCUUUCUUUAUCCACAUAUCCUAGCCUUCUUUGAGUGGUGCCUGUCUCGGGCUUUCCACACUCAUCCUAUUGGCUCGCCCCUACACCCUCUUCGUUGUGAAAAAAAUGUGGUGCACCAUAUCUGGGGCUUGCAUGUUAGCUACUAUCCAUCCAAAUGA